CAGUCCAGAUAUCCGCAAAUAGUUAAUAUCAGGUAAACUGCCUCCCUUAUGCACAUAUUGAAUCCAUGUUUGUACAGCAGUUAUAGUCACUAAGUAUACCAAACAGUCAAUAGAUUUAUUAAAGUACCAAAGAACAGAAUAUUCAGAUUCUCUAGUACUCCAACAGUCUGAUUUCAAAUAUCAACUACACCAUACUACAUCCAUCAACCAGUUGAGAUAUUUGCUCGGUGCUUUUUAGACACUCUCCAAACAGUCUCAUGCAUUAAUUAUGUUUUAAGAAAUCGGCAAGGAGAACAAUGUCCAAAUUAUAAUAAUCAAGGCUCCCAAUUAUAAAGCAGCUGGUGAAUUCUUAACGCAGAACAGAAAAAGGCUAUGUUGAAACCCAUGUGAAACACAUUGCAUUGACCUGAUGCUAGAAGAAUUUUAAAAGAAGAUACUUGUUCAUCAAGAUAUAAUUCCAAAAAAUAGACAACAUGCCACCUCUUAGCUCUAGGUUGUGUUUUGGCCCAUUGGUUCCCUUUGUUUAGAAUGUUUACUAGUGAUGAAGCAAAGAAUACUCAUUUUGUAAGUAAAGGGAUGGAAAUUGAACUUAAGAGUUGGUCUUCGAUAAAGAAAGUGCUUCGAAAGGUAAAUUAUGAUGAUAAACCAACCAUGGGUUUCAUCUACAAGGCAAUGGACUGGGCUAAAGAAAAAAUUCAAAAGGAGUUUAAAGGUAACAACAGGUAAGUAAUUUGCUAAUCUCCAUAUUGAAAUUUCAUUUCAACUUUUCAUUUGACUUCUUAGAAAUGAACAACAAUAAUUCAAAUUAUUAUUCUACCAUUUUAUGUUAUGAAGAUUUGAAAUACUACUCAUGAAAGGUGGCACAACGAAGUCCGUAGGCCUUUGAAUGCUAUGUGCUACUUUUGGAAUACUGAAUUCCAUUGUUCCCCUAAUGCUAAAGCAAAUACAGAAAAGUUGGUGGCCGAUCCUGAGAAGCAAGAUUGGAUUGAUUUGCAACUAGAAGAUUUCAAGAACCAAGAAAAGUUGUUUGGCAACUCCUUGGCUAUUAAGACAACUGGAAAAAAGACUCCAACAGCUUGGCACGAGUCUUAUGGAGAUCAACACCCGGAGAUUGAAAGUUUUGCCAUUUCUGUACUUAGUUUGACAUUUAGUUCUUUUGGAUUUGAACAUAACUAGUGAAAAAUCAGAUAAAUUAGAAUUAAUAUACAGUAAACUAGUAAUUACUUGUAUGCAUGUUUACGUUUGCAUUUAUUAGGUCCAAACAAGAGAAGAAAUCAUUUGAAACAAGAAACUAUGAUUGACAUUGUUUAUGUCAUGGUUAAUUCAAAAUUGGCUGACAGAGGAAGGUAGGAGAAGAUCACUUGAAGAGUUUGACCUUGAUGAUAUCCCAUCCAAUGAUGAGUACAUUAUGAAAAUUGUUGAUGGACGUGACAAUUGAAAGAUAGAUUUAAACGAUGCUGCCACUUCAAGCAGAGAUGAUGAGCACUUGGCUAAAGAUUAAGCCCAAGGUAGUGGAGACUUUAUGUUCUCAUCAUCCACCUCUAGAGGUGGAGGAUGUUCUUAUUGAUGAGCUUCAUUAAGGAGAAAGAGCUAAAGAAGAUCCCUCAAGUUUUAAUUUUUAAUUUGAAUGAUUUUGUUGAAAUGUAAUAUGUUUUAGAUAUAGACUCCUUAGGAGUCUUCUAUGUUUUUCCUUUGUUUUCACUGUUCCUACUUUCAGUGUUGAUUAUGUUUGUAUAAGUAUCAUUAGUGAUGUAUUAGGAAACAAGAAGAAAUAAUAGAGGUUUUGUUUUAAUCUCUUUCUCUCUAAAUCUUCAAGUUGGCAUCAGAGCCAACCACCGGGGCUCUCUGUCUGACUACCGAUCGCCGCCGCCGCUUCUGCCGCCGCCGCCGCCGCCGGUGACUCAUUUUCUCAGGCGAAGUUAGGGGUUUUGUGCGCCUGCUCGAGCGUGACCCAUCCCUGGUGGUCGCUUUCCCUGUUUCCGCUGCACGCGCCGCCACGCGCCUCCUUCCUCCGUCAGACGUCAAGCGCGUACUGUUCACGCGCCCAAGCGCGUACUGUUCACGCGCCGCCUUAUCCUUGCCGGACGAUCAUCGAACCACUGUCGUCCUGUUCGUCUGACUUUCCAGAGCUUCUUUUGGCUCUUAUUUUACUGUUUCAGGGGCUGUAAUUGAUACCUAGGGUUUCCCCCUCAAGUUGGCUCUUAUCUUUUACUGUUUCCAGAUCCCAUUUCUGAUUCUGGACUCCAGAUUGUUCUUACAGAUCUGUCAUGGCAUCUCCUAUUGGAAUUAAUUCCUCUCUAUCUGCUACUCCAAUCAUCACAUCUGCAAAGCUCAAUUGGAGAAAUUAUUUAUCAUGGUCUUCUGCUGUGGAAUUGUGGUUUCUUGGUCAAGGGCACCAUGAUCAUCUUGAACAAGACAUUUCUAUGAUUCAAGACGACGAAAAAUCCCAAUGGCAAAAAUUGGAUUUUCAGUUAUGUGCAAUUUUGUGGCAGUCAGUUGAGCAAGAAGUUCUAGAUAUAUUAAGACCCUAUAAGACUUGUUCAUCCUUUUGGAAAAGGGCACAAGACAUAUUUGCUAAUGAUGUACAACGUCUGUUUGAUGCAACUCAAAGAGCAGCAUCUCUAAAGCAAGUCAAUCAUGACAUGGUUUCUCAUAUAGCAAAGGCUAGGGCUGCUGUAGAAGAAUUAAAGAACUUCUUUAUAGCUGAUUCAUUAGAAGGGAUCAAUAAAAAGCUUGACAAGUUUUACAUGGUCCUAAUUCUAAGAAGUUUACACUCAGAUUAUGAUCAUGUACGUGAUCUGAUUUUAGCUGGUGAUCAAAUCCCAUCAAUGGAUGGCUUAGUUACUCGACUUCUUCGAGUACCUACAUCAGUGAAAAAUGAGAAUCCAAUUGAGGUUAUUGAAACAUCAGCCAUGACAAUACCCGAAGGAAGAGGAGUGCCACAAGGGAGAGGAGGAGGCAGAAGCAACCGAGGACGUGGUGGUCGUAGUAUACGUCCUCAAUGCACAUAUUGUAACAAAAUAGGUCAUACUCGGGACAAAUGUUAUAUUUUACAUGGAUAUCCAGACAAAGUUGCUCAUGUUUCUAAAGCUGGUGAUCUAGAAUCCAGAAUUUCAAAUGAAGAAUAUGAAGAAUUUCUCAGAUACAAGUCUGGAAAAUCAUUUAAUCCUGGUCAAUCUUCUACCAUGACCAGUGUGCCUACAACCAACCUAUCUAAAUCUGUGGAAGGUCAUAAUCCAUGGAUUCUUGACUCCGGUGCCUCUGACCAUAUCUCUGGAACAUGGGACAGGUCGUCUGAUUGGAGAAGGACAUGAGUCUCAAGGACUUUAUUUCUUAAAAUCUUGUUCUUCAGUUUCCUGCUUUACUUCUUCAUCCCCUAAACUUUUGCAUGAUCGUUUAGGCCAUCCAAGUUUGCUCAAGUUGAAGAUUAUGGUUCCAAGUCUCAGAAAUAUUCAAGUCUUAGAUUGUGAGUCUUGUCAAUUAGGAAAACAUGUUAGAUCUUCCUAUCCUAAAAGAUCUGAGACACAUUGUAAUUCUCCUUUUUCAAUUAUUCACUCAGACAUUUGGGGACCUAGUCGUGUUACGUCAUUUGGUUUUAAUUAUUUUGUAACUUUCAUUGAUGAAUUCUCUCGGUGUACUUGGGUUUAUUUAAUGAAAGAGAGAUCUGAACUUUUGUCUA